AAUUAAACAGUAAAUCAAUAAUAUGUGUUUAAUAAACACAUACAUAAUAAUCUUUAUAAUAUAAACGUCGUUUUAUUAAAAUAAAUAUGUCUAAGAACUCCGAUAAACCCCGAUUAUACCCUUCUACAGCUCCAUCAGCUCCUGAUGACUUUCAGAGGGGACCACCGCCUCCUUCAUAUGAAGAAUGUUUAAAAAUGAAUGGCGCUGCUGGAACUGCUCCCCAUCAAUAUACAUAUUCUAAUCCUACUCCAUACCAACAGCAGCAAGCAUUCCUACCACCACCAGGUCCAUCAUCAUCCUACGGUUAUGCUAAUCCCUAUCAAACGCAUAUUCAACAACAGCAAAUCUUUUAUAAUACAGCAAACCCAUCACCACAAUCAGGCAUGCCGCAAACAACUGCAGAAAAUGUUUUGUAUUUAGCUAAAGGUGCCAAAGUAAGGACUACAGCCACCGGAGCCAUAAGUAUACCGCCGCCACCUCCUGGAUGCGCACCAACGCCCGGCCAAAUGGCUGCAAUGUCUGGUCAACCGGUGAUGAUUAAGAAAGAGAAAAAAUCGUUUUUCUAAAUAAGGAUCUAACUCGUUUCCAGCUGAUACAAUGUACCUUUGGUAAACGAUAGUGCCUCCUUUCUAUUAAAAUAUUAGUUUCCAUUUAAUAGUCUGUGGACCAUGUUCUAACAAUAUAAUACUAUAAAAUUAUAUAAAUAUGGAUCAAUAAAUGUGUUAAAUAUCAAAAAUUGAA